AUGGUAUUGGACAUGAACCAUGUCCAUGACAUGGAUAUGCAUAUGGAUAUGGAUAUGCACAACAGCUUCUACUGGGGCAAAGAUGCCAUAAUCCUUUUCUCCGGAUGGCCCAACCGGAGCCUUGGCAUGUAUAUAUUAGCCAUCUUUGUCGUGUUUUUUAUGGCAUUCGCCGCCGAGCUUUUGUCGGCCGGUGAGAGCAUCAUCAAACCACAUAGGAAUCCAAUGGAGGCAGGAUUGAGUCUCGCCAUUGUCCACACUAUUCGUAUGGGUUUGGCUUACUUGGUGAUGCUUGCUCUCAUGUCCUUCAAUUUUGGAAUUUUUAUAGCAGCUUUGGUUGGUCAUGCUAUUGGAUUCUUCAUCUUCAAAGCCAGUGCUAUUGCCCGAGCAGCCGACCGUAAGGAACUAGAAUUUUUAUCAACUUGA